AUGUAUGUGCUAUUCAUCUGCCACGGCUGCAAAACAGUGCGCCUCGACUGCGACCCCACCGCUGUAUAUGUGCAAAGUCACGGCUCUACUCCUAUAGAAGUUCUUCUCACGUUCGUAUUCCGACGCGGAACCAACGGCGAGAUACUGGACUGCAUACCGCAGCUGAAUGACUUCUUUCCUGCAGACGAGCUCGCCCGUCGAAGGGUCGGUAGACGAGGCAGGGACUCGCCAUUUGAGCUUUGGUACCACAAGAACCAAAUGCAGCUGGGCAUCGAAGAGCGCAAUUCCGUGAACGACACGAUUGUCGGUCUGACCGGUUUUGUUCAGCGACAGAAAUUAUGGUAUGGUCCAAUCAUCGCUCUAAUACUCCAGAGAGACUGGGGGAAUAUAGCUCCUGUCAGCUGGAGAGAUGAGGUCCCUUGA